AUGUGGGAAGACUACUUUUCCGUUCAGAUAUUCUUCAUUAUUCUGCGUGAGACGCUGGAAUCUGCCAUAAUAGUCUCGGUGCUUUUGGCGUUCCUGAAGCAGAAUCUCGCGGCCAACAGUGGCGCCACGCAAACGGCUCUUGUGGUUGAUUCAAAGAGAUACAAGGGUCUCCAACUACAGAUCUGGCUAGGGGCGUUUUUGGGACUUUUUGUGUGUCUUGUGAUCGGUGGAAUUUUUAUUGUGACUUUCUACUUAUUGGGUUCAGAUCUGUGGUCCAAGGCUGAGAGAUUAUGGGAAGGAAUCUUCAGUAUAUUGUCCUCGGUGGUGAUCUCGGUCAUGGGAUUGGCGCUGCUACGUAUCAACCACCUUCAAGCCAAAUGGCAGUGGAAAUUGGGGCGCGCGCUGCGAAAUGGGCCAGAGGCCUUAGAGGCGGAGCCGGAUUCAGAGCGUGAAGUACUGCAACUGAGUUCUGGGCAAGUGUCCGGGAGAAAGCACAGACUGAAACAGCUCACUCGGGAAUAUGCGCUGGCAAUUUUGCCAUUUAUCACAACUUUGAGGGAAGGUCUGGAGGCGGUGGUGUUCAUUGGUGGGAUUGGAGUCAACCAACCGGCAUCGUCAUUUCCACUCGCCAUUGCAGCUGGAGGCUCCCUGGGGUUCCUCAUCGGCUGGACAAUGUAUCGCGGAGGUAACAAGAUGUCGCUGCAGUACUUUUUGAUAGCUUCCACGUGCUUUUUGUACAUGGUGGCAGCGGGACUGAUGUCCAGGGGUGUGUGGUUCUUAGAGCUGGAGCAGUAUGUUCGCAGAUGCAACGGGCAGGACAUGUCUGAAGUUGGUUCUGGGCCUGGUUCGUACGACAUUUCAAACUCCGUAUGGCAUGUGAACUGUUGUAACGGCCUGACUGAUGGAGGUUGGAUGCUGUUCAACGCGCUAGUGGGCUGGACCAACUCUGCUACAUGGGGGUCUGUCAUCAGCUAUAAUCUGUAUUGGAUUGCCAUUAUUGUGCUACUGAAAGUCAAGAGAUUUGAGGAGAAAAACGGGCAUUUGCCUGUGCUUCCCAUUCGCUUCCAAACCGCAAGAAUCCGCAAGAGACUAAUGAUCCAAGAGAUGUACUUGAAGGAUAGGACUGUGGGUGCUGACAACGUACCCGCCAAUGAUGACGCAUAUAAUGAUCUACACAGUACCCUGAGUGAGGAGCAGGAGCAUCGGGAAACGGAUAUGCUGAUUGAGUAA